AAAUAAUGUGAAAUUCAUACGGCCUACUUCCCCACCUGUCUGCGGCCAUCAUUGUCUGAAUCAUUGUUUUUUGCUUGCUGACUAGACGUUUGACUGCGCCUCAGCUGAGUUACCUUAAUGGAUUCUGCCUUAAGGGUUGAGGAUGGCUAGGUAAAAGGCUCCAACCUUGACUUCAUGUCUUGGUCCAGGUCCCUGACUUUUUGACCGGGCGCAGCUCAGACUCACGUCUGUCUUAAACACACAAUUACUAAAGGAUACGAAUUCAGAAUGGCGCUGACCUGGACCAGGCUAGCACAAGCCGGAGCCCGGAUGUGAGCGCCAGGCAAAGGCCGACGACGCGCGGUUGAGAGGAAUGCAGGCGCUGCUUCGACGACGGAAAGGCGGUGGCGAGGAUGUCACUUCAGCAGGGCCUGCCAGCCAAUUAACGAAAAUCUCUUGGCUGCAAUGGUACCAGUUCAAGUUCGCGAAGUCCCGGUUGCGGGUGGCGAUGGAGGUCGUGAACGCGAUAAUGUCGCUGCUGUCGGUGGGCGUGUAUGUGUAUGACACGUACAUACCGGCGCCUUCAGCAUCACAAACCAUCUACUUUGUCAGCUCCAUCACCUUCUCCAUCGAAUAUGUUGCCCGGAUGCUGGCGGCGAAGAACCUGCUGAAGUACUUGCUGUGGGACUGGGCGGUCAUCGACCUCAUUACCAUCGUCUUCGGCUACCUGUACUUUGCCGAGGCGGACCUGGGCACGGGGCUGGGCUUCAUCCGGGUGAUGCGCAUCUUCCAGGUGGUGCGGCUGCUCAAGGCAAUGACGGCAGGUGUGCUCAAGUACAGCCACCGCUCGGCGCAGCCCAUGCAGCUGGAGUUUGUGAAGCGCAGCCUGGAGCUGGGGCUGACCAUGGUGGGCGUGGUGUUCAUCUCCGGCUGCGUCUUCUACGAACUGGAGCUGAACUCCCAACCGGUGCAACUGCACACGGCCGUGUACUGGGCGUGCGUCACCAUCGCCACGAUCGGCUACGGUGACUAUGCGCCCACCACGGCGAUUGGGCAGCUCAUUUUCCCCGUCAUCAUCCUGAUCAUUAUCUUGGUGCUGCCCCAGAAGAUUUCCAAUCUUUCUGAGGUUAUGCAGAGCUUCACGCGCUACAUGCGCGCGUCGUUCACGUCACGCGGCUUUGGGCACCACGUGGUGCUGACGGGGCACGUGACGUACGUGUCGGCCCAGACCUUCAUCUCCGAGUUCUUCCACCCGGACAGAGGCUACCAGGACCUGGACGUCAUCAUGCUGCGAUCCUGCGACCCGGAGCCGCAGCUGGUCAUCACCAUGAACAACGCGCAGUGGGACCGCCGCAUAAAGUACCUGCACGGCUCGCCUUUCAGGGCAGAGGACCUCGCCCGCGCUGAUACCGGCUAUGCACUGGCGGUGUUUGUGAUGGCCAAUAAGUUUGCUGCAGACCCCGCCGCCGAGGACCGCCGCACGCUGCUGACGGUGCUGGCCAUCGGGCAGUACCUGCGCCAGUUCUGCGGCCAGGACACCGUGGCGGCGCCGCGCGUGGUGUCGUGGGGCAACACCAGCUGGAAGGGCCGCUACAACAUGUCCGCCACCGUGAACCACCCGCACAUUGUGGUGCAGUUCCUGCUCAACAGCACUCUGGACAACGCCAUCGCGCUGCUGCAGACCGGCGCCAGCCACCCGCCCGAGCUGGGGCUGCUGCCGCUGGAGGUCUCGCCCUUCCCUGUCUGCGUGGGCCACCUGCGCGCCUCGCUCCUGGGGGCCUCCAUGCACACGCCCGGCCUCAUCACGCUCAUCUCCAACCUGUGCAUCAGCUGCUCCAUGGAGCGCAAGCGGCUCUUUGGCGUGGAGGACCUGUCGUUGCUGAGCAACUGCGGGUGGCUGUCCGAGUACCUGCACGGCGCUGGAAUUGAGAUAUAUGACGUGACGUUCCCAGAGAGCUACCACGGUAUGACCUUCAAGAAGGCCGCGCUGAAGCUGUGGGAGGAGGAGCAGGUCAUCCUGAUCGGCCUGCGCUUUCCCAACCACGAGGACGCCAAGCAGCGGUUCGAUGUGAAGCUGGCGCCGCUAUGUGACCCGCACCUGCCAACCACCAGCACCGCCGGUGACCCUUACAGCGGCGGCCCGUUGAGCCCCGGAGAUGGCGCCUUCGGCGCCCCCUACACACCGCAGUUCGGUGCCGGGGUAGGGUUCCCUGGGGCCGGUCCCUGCGGCGCAGUGCCGCCGACGCCAGGUUGCCCCUUCGGCGGCUUGGGGCUCGCGGGUGGAGUGACAGGCGGUGGGCCAGGAAGCGGUGUGCCGCACACCAACUCGGCGACAUCGUACCUCAGCCGCUCACACACGCUGGAUAGCAGGCGGGUGGUGGACGCAGCUACCAUUGGCUACAUCCUGAACGACGAUGCGCUGGUGCUGGGAAGCGCAACACUCGGCUUCAAGAGCGCCCUGGAUCCACACGAUGACCCGGGCGUCAUGCGACCAGGCGCCUACCAGCAGGCAGCCCCCAUCCUGCGAGCCGCAACCAUGUCCAGAGGCCCUUCAACCGCGGGCGGCCGCCACAAGCGCCACACCGGCGCGGCCGGCCAUCAUGGCAGCAUGGGGCGCAGUGGCUGCGGCGAUUCGGGCGCGCACUCGGUGCCUGCGACGCCCGCCGCGGUUAGUGGCACGCUGCCGGAGGUUGGGCUGAACGGGCCUGCGGCCGUCCAUGCCGGGCAACCAGGGACUGUGACCGGCAGCGGUCGCUACUUCCCCGGUGUAAUCACGCAGCUGCUCAACUCGCUCUCUCGGUCGGCGGCGUCGAGCUUCGGCCGCUCCGGUUCACUGGAGCACAAGGCGCAGGGCGCGCAGCUCCAGGCAGCUGACGGGCGGAACCAGGCGGCCUCAGGUCACGGGAGAGCUGCCGGCGGAGGGCCAGCAGAGGUUGUGACGCACCCCGGCACAGCAGGGCAUCCCCCGCCGCCGCCCGGUGCCUCGGUGGUAGUCGUGGACGGAGGUGCUCAAAGCAGCUCGCCAGAGUGGGCACCUGCCAGCGUGGCAGCGCUGCCGCAGCCAGCCCUGCUGCCCAGUGCGAAUUCGCCGGCGGUACUGUGCACGGUGUCGCCCGGGCAUGCCUCACCUGCGGAUCAUGCCGUACGCAGCAUUGCGGAGGUAGCUGCAGCGGCAGUGCGGGCAGUGCCCGGCCAGGGCGUGCCUUUGGACAGUCAUCAGGCACCGCACGCCGUGCAGAACCCACUGUUCUCGCCACGCGGGACACAGGAGGGCACUGGCGGCGCCAGCGCGCGGUUGGGCCCCGGGCCUGUGCUGGCGUCACGCUCGCUACCCGCGCACGGAAUGGCAGCGCGCGCCGCAAACCAGGAGCUAGGGCCAGCUGAAGCGGCUGAGGCGGCGGCGGGGCUCAGCCCUCCUGAGGGCAUUACGACAUCCGGACAAGAGCCCGGCGGCGCUGGAGGGGGACUGACCGCGGCGGCCAUUCGCCAGCGAUUUAUCGACAGUCCCAGGGCAGGCAGCGCAGGUGCAGGAGGCGGCGCGUCGAGCAGCCGCUUGGGAAGCGGCGUCAUGGUGUCUGGUGGCCACCCUUCUGAGUCCACCAGCGUCGGUAGCCUGCCGCCUUACAACUCCACAGCGGGGCGCCGGCGGCACGGGGCGGAGCCGCCCAUGCCGCCGGCGACCGCGCGUGCAUCCCCCACGGACAUCUCACGACUUCAGCACGCGCGCGCCGCGGCGGCUGGGGCCGCAUCCGGGCUGGAAUCGGCAGCCCAGCCGACGCUGUGGCAGGCGGCGGCCGGCAGUAACCAUAACUCGUCAUCCAGUAGCGAUGGCGAGUCGAUGCUGCCAGUGCCGCCGUCGCAUGCGCGGCGGUCCGCUGCCGGUGCGCCGCCAGCUGCAGCCAGCGCGGUGGGCACACAGGGCGGCCAACACUUGCCAACUGCCUUCUCCGCACCGGCCCACAACUACGAACGCGACUCGGCGGUGCCGGAGGCGGAGGCGGAGGCGGAGGACGUAUUCAACGAGGAGGCCCCCGGACGCGUGCCGUGGGGCCAAACACGCAGCGAACGCAUGCGCCGUGCUCCAUCCUCGGCCCGGAGCGACCCCGGGAGUAACUCCGCACGCAGCCUGGGAGGGACUGGCACAGGGGAUGGAGCCGAGUCAGCUGGCGGUGACGCGGACUCGGCGGCGGCGAACGUGGGAGCUGGCCCAUUCUUCCACCGGCAGUCGGGGCGACGGCGAACGGGCGCCGAGCUAUGGACCAUCGCUCGAGAGUCGUACUCGGACACCUACUCUACUGGCGUGUCCCGCCCCGUCAGCAGCGUCAACGUGCUCGGUGGCGGCGGUGCCUGCAGGGCCCUGCAGCACCCCUCGCCCGGCCCGGAGCCGCAAUCCGCAACCGGCAUGGAAACGUUACCGGCCUUACAAAGGCGUUCAUGGCUGGCCCCGGCCCUGGCGGAGAGCGAAGAGGCAGCGGCACAGGCGACUCGGGACAGCCCCAGGACGCCAAGUCUAAACGCGGCGCCGGGGGAUGCUACUGGGUCGCUGCGGCACCUUGCGUCCGCCGGGCCGGAGGUGGGCAUUCGCACACCGUUGUCAGUGCUGGCAGCGGGGGCCGGCCCCAGUAGUGCAUCCAUGCAUGCCGCGUCAGCGCCGCCGGCACAAGUGGAAUCGCCCACGUCGCCCGCCCCAUCAUUGAGCCGCAAGUUUUCUCUGCUUGCUCGUGACAGGGACGCCUCAGAAACCGGCGGCCGCCUCGGUGGCCGCACCAGCAUCACCAACGGCAUCUUUGGCAAGGCCUCCCUGUCGCGCGCCUCUGCUGCGCUCGCGGAUCUCUUCCACCACCAUCACAUCAAGCCGCAAAGCAGCGGUAGCGCCACAGCGCAAGGGGCCAGGGAGCCGAGCACGGCGGCGGAACGCGCGGGGAGCGCAGAACAGGAACCCAGCCCUAAGGACGCCAUUGGGAGAGGAGGCGGAGGAGGUUCGGGCGUUGUGGGCGCAGGUGACCGCACCAACACGGGUGGUAGCGCAGGAGGGGCCGGCGGGGACCGACGCGAGCGACAGGGCAGCGGCGGCGGUGCUGGCGCGGAAAGAGCUGAGGCGGGGGCGGGACCAAGCUCUGUACCGAGGGAGGGCGGCGGAGCGCGGCUAAUGGCGGUGCUGAACCACUUGCGCGCAAACGCGGCGGCGGGCGGGUCAGCCGGUGCAGCCGCGCCCCUUGGCACCCGCACGGCGCGGCAGCAGGGCAUCAAGGUGUCUACUAAUGCCCGCGACAUGAACGCGCUUGCUGCGGUCAGCAGCCGCACCUACAAAAAGGUUGCGACCAAGGGCCGCUCGCUCGUGGCACGACAGCAGUCUCGUAUGACGGGUUGGGCAGCCGCCGCGGCGGUGGCGUCGCAGCAGCAGUCGGCGUCGCAGCCGCAGCUAGCUGGGGCGGCGCCCGCAGCGGCGGCUGCGUUUGCAGGCGCCCCUACCCCAGGGCCCCAGGGCACGUCAGCUGGCGGGGCGCCGACGCCGCUGUCUAUGCUAGGGCACCCGUCCGCGCUGCCAGAUGUCAACUUGCUGCAUGCCCCCGUGACACCGCAUGUGCGCACCCUGACGACGCUGGCGGAUGGUCCUGCACUUGACAGCCCGGUAAUCAUCAGCGGCAGCAGCAGCUUCAGCCAGCUACCGCAAAUCAUCGCUGCAAUCCGCUCUGCGCCGCCCGUUGGCGCGGCGCGGCACUUCCGCACAUGCCCCAUCGUCAUCAUUGAUGACAGCAAGACUAAUCCCAGCAACCCCUUCAAGGCGCUGCUGGGCGAGAGUCUGCUGGGCGCCAUCGCCCGGGUGCCUGGAGCGCUGCCGCACCGUAUCUUGGUGCUGCGCUGCAACCCGUUGCACGUGUCUGACCUGGAAAAGCUCAACGUGCAGCCCGGCGGCUUUGUGCACGCGCUGGUGGUCCCCAACACCGACCUGUACAGCGAGGAGGCCGUCGUGGGCACUGAGCCGGCGCUGGCAGACGGGCAGGUGCUGCUGGUGGCGGAUGCGCUGCGAUGCUACUGCGAGCAGAGCGACUGCCGCCUAGGUGUCGUGUCGGAGAUUCUGGCGCUGCUCAACUGCUCCUACGCGCUGCCGCUGUGCCUCAGCGAGGGUCCGUACCGUGGAGGCGCCCACAUGCCGCCGGACCUGGUACCGGCCGCCACGUCGCAGCACUCCUUGUUUGCGGCACACAGCUUCAACGCGUUGUUCGCUAGGCACGCGAGCGGCCGCCACCGGAACAUGCACGAGCACAUGCAAACGGUCCGGCUGCAGGAAUCACGUCAGGAGGCGUACAUGCAGCACCUGCUGUCUGGCAUGCCGCACCUGAGCCCCGCGCUGGCCACCGGCCACAUCCUGAUGCAGAACUUCAUGGAUGCGCUGUUUUGCCAGACCAUCUUCAACCCCAUGAUGCUGCAAAUCCUGCUCAAGAUGCUGUACUGCUGGGACGAGCCCGAGGAGUGGCAGCCGGCGCUCCAGCCGCCGCCAGCCCACGGCGGCGGUGGCUUUGGUGGGCCGCACGGGUACGCCGGCGCGUAUCCGUACGGCCCCUACGGGCCCUCCACCGUCAUGCCCGUGUCGCCCUACCUGAACCCCCAGCUGCAGCACCAGCAGCACCAGGCGUGGGCGGCGGCCCAGCACGCGGGCGCGGCCCCGCACCUGACGUCCACACAGCAGUCGGUGUUCGCGCAGCAGGCCUACCAGCAGCAGUCCUUCCUGUCCGGCUCAGCCCUGACAUCCGCCGCGCCCAGCCUACUGCCGCCCACCUCGGCACAGCCCUCGCAAGCGCACAUGUCCCCGUACCCGCAGCCGCCCUCGCAGGCGCAGCCGUCGCCCCAGGCGCAGCCCCAGGCCAGCAUGUGGCCUCCGCAUGGCCGGGCGCCGCUGCCUGCCCAAUGGUGCCACACGCCCUCGCACCUGUCCGCCGGCAUGGUGAGCGCGGCGUCGUCACAGUACGGCGCGGCCGCGGUGCCCGCCGGUUCAGCCGGCCCGGGUCUGCCGGCUGCGGCCCUUGUGGCUCAGGGGCUCAGUCGUGCGGGCGGCCCAAAAGCUGCAGCUCCAGGGCGGACCCAGGGCACGGCGUCGCCGGCACCGGGGCCCGGCGGCCUGGGCACGGCGCCGGGAGGGCUGCACCGCGCGGAUAGCCACCUGGCUUCAGCGGUGCUGCAGGCGACAGCGACGGCGCUGGGCAUGGGCAUGGGUAGCAUGGAGCGCGCGACCUCAGCCUCGCUGCCGCCGCAGCCGCAACAACCGCCGAUGGCAUCGGCUGACAGCUCGCCGAUGCGCCGCCGCGGCGCGGCGCGUGGUGGCAGCUUCGGUUCCACAGUGAUGACGACCCCCCGCAGCACCAGCAGCGGAGCCCAAUCCGAGCAUCCCGCGCCGACGGUCGUCCAGAUGCAGCCGCUCUACACCCGGACUGCCAGUGGUGCUGGCGCCGAUGCAGCUGUCGCCACAGAUGCAGCAGGUGCUGCUGCAGCCGUGGCUGAAGGCACAGAGCUUAGGGAGGGUGCGUACGACGCGGCAGCGGCGAGCCAUGGAGUCGCCGAGAUAACGCCAGCAGGUCCGGUGGUGGAGGGCAAGUCCCGGCGGGGUUCCAGCUUCCUGAACCAUGACAGGACGUCAAGCGGCAGCGGGCGAGAUGUAGCCACGCCGCGGACAGACCCCUUGGCGGCGGCGGCGCAGCAGGCCGCUGCCAACGGUGCCGGCGCCUUUACGCCGCAGGUGCCUUCACCUGCAGGUCCCUUCACCCACUCCGCGCGUGCAACGUCAGCAACAGCGGUAGCCGCACCGGAUAGCCGCCUUGCUAGGCCGCCACUGGCGCCGGGGCCCGGUCUUCUCAUGCCGCCGCCGCCAGGGUCCCGCCUGUCGGGCCCUAGGCAAUGGCAGCCACGCGAUGGCUCGCGCUCUCACAUCCAACUCCCGCCACCACCUGGCCAGCAGCAGCAGCAGCUGGGCGGGCCAAUGCAGCCGCCACCAGCGCUGCAGGUGCCGCACACUGCCUCACUGGAGCGGGUCGCCGCCUUGUCCGCCGCCUCCGCCUCCGCGCUUUCGUUGGGCGGCGAGAGCUCGCUCCUGUCUCCGUCUGGAGGCCGCUUCUCAUCACUGCAGCCUUCGCAGCAGCUGCUUAUGCCUGGCUGUGCCAGUGGCAUGGGCGUGGGGCCAUCUGGCCGCUCGCUGCAGGUGACCAUUCCCGAAGACCCCACCUCUACCGCCUCCGCGAGCGCCGCCACAGCCGCUGCCGCCGGCCCGCACGUGCCGCCGCCCACUCGGUCGGCCCCGGCCGCGGCCGAGACCGGGCACGGCGCUGGGCCGCCGCCCGCAGCCGCCCUGCUGUCGCCCGUGAAGGCAGCCGCCGGCGCCUCCACCACAGUUCGCAUCUUCUGCUUCAACUAUGCUGCGCUGCUCGACCGGAUGGCGGGCCUGGCAUCACGCCUGCAUUCGGCGCAGUGCACGGCCAGCCUGCGCCUGGUGAUGGACACCUCGGGCGGCGCCGUCACGCGGGGUGGGCAGGGAAGCCCCACCCGCAUCGGCAGCCUGGCCGCGGAAGGCGCCACCGGCGGCUCCGCACGUGUCGGCGCCGACGGCGGCGGCUGGGACAAGUUUGACCAGAUGGCGGCGGAGGUGGUGCCCAAUGCUGACUUUGCAACCGUAGAGGGCCUGGCGGCGGCGGGCAUCGAGCCCGGCGACCUUGGCCAGUACGGCACUGGGCGGCAGCCCGUGCCGGCGGUGACGUUUGGCGCGUUGUUCCAGGUUCUGGUGGCGCACUAUGACAUGCUGCCGCUUGGGUUGUACCGCCGAGACAACGGCUCCAACCACCGCAUCGACACCCACUCACGCCGCGCCUACAAUGGGCACGCGCUGCGCACCGCCGACAACACCGUGGAUCGCACAGCGGCUGGCGGAGGCGGCGGAGGCGACCGCUCGUACCUGGGCGCGGCGCUGGAUGCGGUGCUGCGUGCCGGAGGCGGAGGAGGGGGCGGUGCAGAUGGCGGCGGCGGCGGCCGCGGCACGAGCGCAGGUGGUGGCGGGGGAGGCCGGCCCGCGCUGUCGCGCAGCGGCACGAAUGAGGGGCUGUCCGGGCACGCCAAGCGGCAGGGCUCCGGCAUGCCUUACGUUUACACCAAGCCCGCGGGCGACACCACCUGGCUGCGGUCCACUGACGAUGUGUACGUGCUCACGUCGGCGGCCGUGGUGCUGCGGCUGCUCGGCAGCGAGAUGGCCCUGUGAGCGCCCAGCGGCGCAGCUCCUGAGGGUACGGUUGGGCGGGAAGUGGGGCCGCAUCCGGGAACGGUGCCCGCAUCCGCUGCCUAGAGUGACCUCACGUGUGACCUCACAUGUGAGCUCACGUAUGGAGGAGUAGCAGGUUGAAAAAACGUCAGGACGCUGAUGGAUACCCGUAUACCCGUGUACAUGAUAAGUUUUAACCCGCUAGUUGCAACUUCCGCUUGGAUGCGGAAUACCUGCGGGCUACUUGACACCGGUCAUCGUGACUUGCUGGGUAUGGGUGAUGGCCUCUCGUGUACUGUUACUGAGUGCGACUCUUGACUGAUUUUUUGUGCAACUCUCUGUGCGUAAUUUAGGCAUGCUGUCCUAGCCUGCAACGGCCGCGGACGCGUAAUUUGUUUCGGAAUUUGUUUCGGGGGGUCUAAUUAACUCCAUGGCUUGGCGCUCGCGGUUAGAGGUUGCGUGCGCUAGGACAGAUUUGAGAGGAAGCGCUGCGGGUUCGUACGACAAUUGAAGCAUAGGUCACUCGCAUCAACGUUACUGGGUUAAGGCACGCUGUAGGGUUUGUGGGGGUGCGGUGGGUUACAACGGUGUCUGCGGUUGGGUUUGCUUGGAUCGCUGCAGACUGGCGGCGGCGGCGGCGGCGGCAGCGGCAGCGGCGGCGGCGGCAGCAGCGGGGGCGCGUGCGCGCAUCUUGGUAGCGGAGGGGGCGAGAAAGGCCACGUGGAGGAGGAGAGCGCAGCGCCGCCCAAGAAACGGCGCCAGCGCGCAGGCUGACGAGCCGGCUGGUGUCUAGGUAGCGGUCCGCGGUGGGGCUGGCAGGGCAUGCGUAGCGGCAUGAUAAGUAGUGCGGCUGUUGACAACUGUGUUACGUCUGGCUGCGGUUAGCUCUGCUGUGGCAUCGCGAUUGCUAGGCACCUGGUUUGGCUAUGUGCCUGUGGAAACCGACCCCGGCUAUGUCCGGGCGAUGAGGUUGUUCGGCCUCAGACUGUGGAGGGGCUCAGCCCCUGUUCCCGUGACCGGGGAACACUUGUCUUGGAUCGGAGUGUCAGAGGUAGGAGCUUGGGUAGGAAGGCGGACUAGGGCAUUGGGACGAGGACUAGCACGUUGCAAGCGUCCCAGGAGGCCGGGAUGAUGGAGCUGUGUAACAAAAGGAGUUC